UACGAUAGCCGAAGUUACCUUAUUCCUUAUCUUAUAUAUAUCUGCCUCUACCGUUAUUCAUUACCAACCACCCAAAUAUCUCUUUAUCUGAACUCAUCUCCUCCUCCAAAUUCUGUGUGUGCGCGUUGAAUCAUGGCCUUGAAUGAGCAAAAAGAAGAAAUUCAUGUGCUAAUGGUGGCAUUUGCCGCUCAAGGUCACAUUAACCCUUUGCUUAGACUAGGAAAACGCCUUGUCUCUAAAGGCCUGCAUGUCACCCUUGCAGUCACAGAAGUAUUUCAGCAACGUAUGUUCAAAUCUUCCUCCAUCACCACCACCAAUUCCAUCUCCGGAAUCCAACUACUAUUCUACUCUGAUGGCUUUACCAUCGAAUAUGACCGCAAGGCCAAUAUUGAUCUCUACAUGGAGACCCUAAGUAAAUUUGGACCCCUUAGCCUCUCAAACCUCAUCAAAAAUCGCUUCCAUGGUGAACAUAAAAAACUUUCUUGCAUCAUCAACAAUACUUUUGUGCCAUGGGUAGCUGACGUUGCUGAAGAGCAUAAAAUUCCAUGUGCCAUGCUAUGGAUCCAACCUUGUGCUCUCUAUGCCAUUUACCACCACUUUCAUAACAAACUCCUCCCAUUUCCUACUCCUACAAACCCAGACAUGAGUGUUCAAUUACCAGGCUUGCCAUUGUUGCACACACAUGACCUACCAUCAUUUGUUCUUCCAUCAAAUCCAUUUGGUAGUGUACCAAAGCUAUUCGCCCAAGUGUUCAAAAACUUGAAGAAGCUUAAGUGGGUACUGGGAAACACAUUCUAUGAGCUUGAGAAGGAAGCCAUUGAUUCCAUGGCUGAGCUUUGCCCAAUACGAGCUGUUGGUCCACUAGUCCCUCCUUCCAUACUUGGUGAAGACCCAAAUCUCGAUAUUGGCAUAGAAAUGUGGGAGCCCCUAGAAUCAUGCAUGGAUUGGCUCAAUCAUCAACCACCUUCGUCAGUUAUCUACGUUUCAUUUGGGAGUAUCAUAGUGUUAUCAGGUAAGCAGUUAGUGAGCAUUGCAACAGCCUUAAAGAACAGUAAUCGUCCAUUUCUUUGGGUGUUGAAACGUUCAGAAGUGCCAAAACCAGAAGGUGAAGAAGAAUUCCCACCAGGGUUUUUGGAAGAAACAAAAGACCGAGGCCAUAUAGUAACUUGGUGUCCUCAAACAAAGGUUUUAGCUCACCCGUCUAUUGCAUGCUUUUUAACACAUUGUGGUUGGAGUUCCUUGCUAGAAGCCACAGCUACAGGUGUGCCAAUGAUUGCAUAUCCUCAGUGGACUGACCAGCCCACAAACGCAAAGCUUAUUGCUGAAGUUUUAAACGUGGGUGUGAGGCUUAAGCCAGGGAGUGAUGGGUUUGUGGCAACCAUGGAAGUAGAAAGAUGCAUUGAAGAAAUUAUGACUGGGCCGAGAUCUGAGGAAUUCAAGAAAAACGUGGCGGAGUUCAAGCGGGCGGCACGUGCGGCGGUAGCCGAUGGUGGGUCCUCAGACCGGAAUAUCCAAGAUUUUGUGGAUGAGAUUAUUGGCCAUUCUCGUGGGAGUCUUUGAUGUGUUGUGUAGCAUGUGUUUAGGCCGUAAGGAAGAGUCUAAAUUUUCUAUCUCAUAUAUUGUGUUUUACUCAUACUCUAUAUCGUUGUCCUAAUGAAUGACGUGUAGUGGGACAGUAAGGCUAGUGGUCCAGUUCUCCGGAUUAAAGUCUUUAAGGACAAUGAUAUAUAUGUUAUAGUUACGUGCUAGAAACUUCUUGUAAUAACUAAUAAUGCCAUGAAUCUUGGACAUGUAAUAUUUAUAAUGAAUCAUGGAAAUGCAAUAAUUAAGAAAAA